GUUCGCCGAGCCAUGUCGUUGAGCCCCAAGCACACGACGCCCUUCUCCGUGUCCGACAUCCUGAGCCCCAUCGAAGAGACCUACAAGAAGUUCGGCGGCGCCAUGGACGGCGCGCCGCCCGGCCUGGGGGCGCCCCUGGGGGCCGCGGCCGCCUACCGUGCGCCGCCGCUCGGCCCCUCCUCGCAGGCGGCGGCGGUGGCGGGCAUGCAGCCGCCCCACGCCAUGGCGGGCCACAACGCGGCGGCGGCGGCGGCGGCGGCAGCCGCGGCGGCGGCGGCAGCCGCCACCUACCACAUGCCGCCGGGCGUCUCGCAGUUCUCGCACGGCGCCAUGGGCGGCUACUGCAACGGCGGCCUGGGCAACGUGGGCGAGCUGCCCGCCUACACGGACGGCAUGCGGGGCGGUGCGGCCGCCGCGGCCACCGGCUGGUACGGCGCCAACCCGGAUCCGCGCUACUCGUCAAUCUCCAGGUUCAUGGGGCCAUCAGCGGGCGUGAACGUAGCCGGCAUGGGGUCGCUGACGGGCAUCGCGGACGCCGCCAAGACGCUGGCGCCGCUGCAUGCGGCUGCGGCGGCGCCGCGAAGGAAGCGCCGCGUGCUCUUCUCGCAGGCGCAGGUCUACGAGCUGGAGCGUCGCUUCAAGCAGCAGAAGUACCUAUCGGCUCCCGAGCGCGAGCACCUGGCCAGCAUGAUCCACCUGACGCCCACGCAGGUCAAGAUCUGGUUCCAGAAUCACCGCUACAAGAUGAAGCGGCAGGCCAAGGACAAGGCGGCGCAGCAGCUGCAGCAGGAGGGUGGCCUGGGACCGCCACCACCCCCGCCGCCGUCCCCGCGUCGCGUGGCGGUGCCCGUGCUAGUCAAGGACGGCAAGCCGUGCCAGAACGGUGCCAGCACCCCGACACCCGGCCAGGCCGGCCCGCAGCCGCCCGCCCCGACGCCGGCGCCUGAGCUCGAGGAGCUGUCACCCAGCCCGCCAGCGUUGCACGGGCCGGGGGGCGGUCUGGCGGCCCUGGACGCGACCGCGGGGGACUACGGCGGCGGCGUGCUCGGCGCCAACCUGCUCUAUGGCAGAACGUGGUGACCGCGCGGGUGCCCCGGGGCGGGGUCCGGCCUGCGGCGCGCAGGCUGUGUAAGAAACUUCGAGAACGGAUGGGGGAAACACACCGAAGCGGACUCUUACGUACACGGCGAUCAGAAACUAAUGAACGGGUCGUGGAGAGGGGCAGCCUCGGCACCUCUUUGCUGGGGGUGGGGAACAGCGACAGUCCCGGGACUGAAUAAUGCGACACCAGGAGGCUGUGAGGUGGUGAUUUACUCCUUCAGAAGUUCCUAAAUUAUUCGGAAAGCUGGCUGAGU